UGCGGCUGAGCGCCAUGCAGUGCGGUGUAACAUGGCAGGGGAAAACUUCCGCCAGGCAGCACUGCAAGGCAAACUUUGCCUGGCAAAGGGACCUCCGAGAGUGAUGGAUGGCAGUGAAGUGGUUGGCACGCCCUCACCCACCACCUCGCACCACUUUGCAUACCUGCCUGCCUUCGUGCACGGUGCACCUGGUCUCAACGAGGUGUAUUCGGACAAGAAGGAGACGUUUGAGCGCGAGGCCGCGGGGUACGAGGCCAUCCUGCGCGCCCGCCAGGGGCUGCUGGGGGGGGACGCGGAAGAGGGGGGCAAGGGCGAGGGGGGUAAAGGGGGGGAGGAGGGAGGGAUUGGGAAGACGGGAGGUGCGGGGAUGGACAUGUUUGGGGAUGAGGAUGAUGACGAGGGGGGGAUGAUAAAGCGGGCGAUGGUAAAGGGGAAGGGGGGGAGAAGGAAGGUGAGAGCAAGGAGGCAAAGGGAGGGGCAGAAGGGCAAGGAGGGGAGAAGGGGGGAGGGGAGGGGAAAACAGGGGGUGAGGGGAGCGGAGCACCGAGCAACAGCAGUGGCUACGAGUUUGACCCGGCCAGUGGGUGAGUGCGUGCCUGCUCUAACAGAAGCUUUGCGGCCAUUGGCCCCGCGUGUGGAUUGCAGCAAUCAGCCGUGCAUGCGUGCACAUGGUGCUCACAUCACAUGCCUGUCCCCCCAUGGGUCCACCCGUAGGUACCGCUUUAACGAGGCAACAGGCGAGUACGAGGUGCUGCCAGGCGACGCCACACAGGGAGGCGCUUCAGGUGGCGCUGCUGGCACAAACGGCAAGGUUGGGGGAGGGGAGGAUGCAGAUGCUGGCGAGGCUGCUGGUGGCAGUGCAGCCAAGGGGGCAGGUGGGGAUGAGGCAGGUGGGGAUGAGGCAGGUGGGGAUGCAGACGAUGCAAAGGCAGAAGGAGGGGGUUUGGCAGGUGAGGGGCGAGCAUGUGAAGAUGUAGCACACACAGAGGAUGGGACAACAACAACUGCUGCUGCUGCUGCCGGGGACGGAUAG